CCUGUCCUGCUUCUACUAAAACUCAAGUGUUGUUUGCCUACGUUGACGCAGCAGUCGGUGGUCGCGUAUGUUUGCAAGUUCGCGUUGGGCAGCGCUCCCUUUUGCUUUCUCUUUCCGUAGGCCUACACGUUUGCGUUUGCCACUUUGUGUUAACUGUAAUUUUCUGCAUCAUUCGAGUGUAACACCAUACAAGAUGGAAGAUUUCAAGCCGUUUCCAAACUUCGCUACUGAUGUCAUUCAUGAGGGACAGGAGCCAGAACAGUGGAAUUCGAUGGCUGUGGUUCCACCAAUCUCUCCAGCCACAACUUUCAAACAGUACGCUCCUGCUGAACAUACGGGCUUUGAGUACUCUCGCAGUGGUAAUCCAACCAGAAAUUGCCUGGAAAAAUGUCUUGCUGCUGCAGAGGGGGGAAAACAUGGACUAAGCUUUUCAUCCGGUCUGGCUGCCACCACCACAGUGACUCACUUGCUGAAAGCUGGAGACCACCUCAUCUGUAUGGAUGAUGUCUAUGGAGGUACAAACCGUUACUUCAACAAGUGUGCCGCGAACCUUGGGCUGGACAUCUCAAUGGUGGACUGUACUGAGGUGAAAAAUGUGAUGAACGCUCUCAAGCCAAACACUAAGAUGGUAUGGAUUGAAACCCCCACCAACCCAACACUGAAGAUUGUGGACAUUGCUGCUGUGUGCCAGGCUGUAAAGGCAGAGACAGAGAGUUGGGUGGUCAAGCCCUUCAUUGUUGUGGACAACACUUUCAUGUCUUCGUAUUUCCAGAGACCUUUAUCUUUGGGGGCAGACAUGGUCAUGCAUUCACUCUCCAAGUAUAUGAACGGUCACAGUGAUGCCAUUAUGGGAGCCAUAAUCCUCAAUGACGAUGCCUUAAACGAACGAAUGCGAUUUUUCCAAAACUCCCUGGGAGCUGUUCCCUCUCCAUUUGACUGCUACCUGGUGAACCGAGGCAUGAAGACGCUGCCUGUGAGGAUGAAGGAACACAUGAAGAAUGGACUGAUAGUGGCCAAGUUCCUGGAGACUCACUCAGCCGUGGAGAAGGUCAUUCAUCCCGGCCUCCCGACCCACCCUCAGUAUGAAUUGGGCAAGAGACAGAUGAUUGGCUACUCUGGCAUGCUUGUCUUUUACAUCAAGGGCGGUCUCGAGGAGGCUCGCACAUUCCUCAAAGCACUCAAGAUCUUUACUUUGGCAGAAAGUCUUGGUGGGUUUGAGAGCCUGAUCGAGCUUCCAUCCUUGCAGACUCAUGCUUCUGUGCCAGAGGAUCAGAGGAAAGUCUUGGGGAUCUCGGACAACAUGAUCCGUCUCUCCGUCGGUCUGGAGGACACAGAGGACCUCAUCAAGGACCUUGAGCAAGCGUUGAAGAAAGCUGUCAACUAGAGCAUGGAAGCUGUUACAGUGGAUUGUCUAGCCAGAGCUCUAUGGCUUCUGAUCCAGUGCAAUGCUAUCAGUCGAAGGAGGAGCGGAAAACUGUUGCGAAGGAUGGAGUUGGAGUUACAGCAAGGUCCCAUCUAACUAAAGAGAGGAGUCUCAGAAAGAAUAAAUAUGUUGAAUUGAAAGUCCCAGUGAGUUUGUAGAGAACCAGAUUUAGUAUCCAAUUGUUGUUGGGAAGCUAGCUUUUUAUUUAUGAUUCUGGUCCUGCCUUGUUGAUAAACUGUGAUAAUUUUAUAAAGAGUAAAUAAGAAGUACUGCCUACCUGUGUAGGCCCAUGUAAUUCCUUCACAGCGUUGUUGCUGAUUUUCAUGUUUCUUGUUCUGCCAUAAGAAUUAUUUACUAAAAUGGAAUUGGUGAACUAUCUUUAUUCAGGGAUAUUCUCUACGAUUGUUUGCUGUAUUCGCAAAGACUACUAUAUUGACUGCUGUUUGAGGGUUUGCUAUUAUGUUUUGUUUUGUUUUUUUGAUUAAAAAAAUAUUUGUGAUGUCUGUUUUCUACUCUACCUCACAUUCCAAUCCUAAUAAUAUAUUUUAGUGAAGUGCAUCUUUUAGUAAUCUUUCAAUACAAAGUUUGUAUGAAAUAUAUACAAUAUUAAUUAUUAGGUAGACAUUUUAUCUCUUUAUUCGUUUUUUUUUUUGUUUUAGCCAAAAUUAUAAUGAAUGGUCAAGUUUCUGAAAAUUACUGCCAAAAUGGUUUACAUAAAACUGUUCAACAAUAUUGUUUCACCUUGAGAAUUAUGAGAUCUUCAGUAUCAAUUUAUUUUUCUGUUUGUGUAAAUGGACUGAUUUGUGAAUUCCUGCAUGUAUGAAUAAAUUUUCUAAUUUUUUCAGAAUGUCCCAUUUUUUUACUGGUCCUAUUUUUUUGGUGCUAUUUUAGUUCACAGGGACCCACUGAAGGUUAUUCAUUAGACAUGUCAACUUACUGUGAUAUUGUAACUCAUCAGACCCUUUUCAAGGUUCAUUUCUCCCCUUUCCACUCUGCAGAUGCCUCUUGUUAGUGUUAGAUUUAUCCCAUACAUUGCUGCUCUCUGUGUGAAACGCCAUACAUUUUGUUUGAGAUUGGAACAGUUGUUGAAUCUCGUAACUGAUGGAAUAAACAUAUGGUUGGUAUGAAAGCAAA